AUGUCAAAAUCAACUUGCAAGCUAUUCACUUCAAAACUAAUCAUAAAAACAAACGAUAUUAAUUCUAAAACUGCUUCAUUAUUAUCAUCAUUUCCUCCGAAUCUCUAUAAAGAUAUUGUUGAACUUGUUCUAUUGUGUACAAUCGAUGAGGAUGUACCCAUUUCGCCAUCAAAGAUAUAUCGAGCUGAAUUAUCAACAUUAUACGCUGAAAAAUGGGAUAAAAAUAGAGUUGAUCAGGCUCUAUCGGAACGUCAGCGUAUAUCUAAUCCAAGAAAUGAAUUGAUAACUGAUAUCAACUGCGAAAAACGCACUAAUCUCAGAUGA